AUGACAGAUUCAAACUUUACUGAAGCUUUGUACAACGAGAUUGCCGAGUCGUACGAGGAAGCAUACACCGACGAUCCUGGAAUUACUCAGGCAUUCGAACGAUUGAAAGAAUCACAUGCUCCUGGCUCCUCAAUUUUAGAUGUUGGUUGCGGCCCUGGAGGCCCGGCAUCGCGCCUCAUCGCGGCCGGGUAUAACGUCACGGGCAUUGAUGUGGCCCAGGGAAUGAUUGACAUUUGCCAGAAGUUGCCAUCCGGCACUUUCUUGAAGGUGGAUAUGAUGAAAUAUGAGACAGAGGCUCAUUUUGACGGGAUUUUAUCCCUUUUUAGCCUUUUUCAGGUCUCCUACGCGGCCACCUACUCGAUGAUCUUCAAAAUGGCGUCUUGGCUGCGGCCUGGCGGCACGCUUGUUCUCGCCGUUAUUGCAGGGGAAGAUUACAUUCAGGAUGUGUCUCAGCUCUCUAAGCUACGACAAAACCAACACGUUGAAAACGCUGACACCAGCUUUAUGGGCCGCCUUGUGCCUUCUACAUUGCUCACCGCCAAAGAAUGGUUGCGAAUCGUGCAAGAAGCUGGCUUCGUGGUGCAGUCUGUCGACCGUCACGAUUUUGAAGUAGCUGGUUUCGACUCCACUGAGAAGCACUUAUUCAUUACAGCAAAGAGAACUCAUUUGGAACCUCUUUUUGGACCGUUCCCUCUACCCGCGGUCAAAAGAGGCCCAUGUGUGCUGAGCGAGAGCGCGUGGAGAGCCUUUGCCGAGCGUCUGACACGCCACGACCUAGACUAUGUCCUAGAGGCUGUCAAAGGCAACAAAGAAGUGCUCGAUGUCGGAAGUGGUCAUGGAGAACUUCCGCUUUCCAUUGCUAAGAAGGUUGGUAAAGCCUACGCUGUUGAACCUAACAGCGAUCGCAACGGUCUACUGGUAAAGAAUUGCUCCGAAGCUCCAGUUCAGGUAUACAAAGGAACAGCAGAGAAUCUCCCGUUUGAAGACAACAAGUUUGAUGCCGCCGUGGCUGUCUUCAUCCUGGACUACGUGGACGAUCUUGAGCGAUCUCUCCGAGAGAUGGCUCGAGUGGUUGAUCCUGCUGCCCCAAACGCACGCAUCGUCAUUGUCCAAGGCACACCUGAUAAUGAGGCAAUCAAUUUCAUCAAUAGAGCAUGUGCGCAUAUUGCCGAAGAGAGCAUGGCCCAGGGAGAAUCGGCAGUUAGCCACCAGGGCCUGCUUCUCGCGACCGCCGCACGCGUGUUUACCCAGCAUGGCUUUGGUGACAUCCAAGUCCGCCGCGUGCCUACGGAUUGCGUCUGCAGCUUCCCUGAGGCGGACCUCAGUACUCGCUGCAAGGUUGCGGCAAAUAUACUGACAGAUAUCUGGUACAAGGAUCACCAGAGGGUCGAGGACAUGAGGGCAGCCUUUGAGCCAAUACUGGAGGAGCAUUUCUCUAGCUGCCCAUGGAAAGUGGGCGAUCAAGCCGUGCUACUGAUGGCGAAGCCCACAGUCGAGCCCUCGGCAGUUCGCAUGAAAGUUUGA